AUGGAUGUGGGGAAGCUCUUCAAGCUGCCAGACCUGCCGUCUGCGGCGGUCAACAAGCGCAAGUGGUCCGCGCCGCAACCCGCCGACUCCGCCUCCGCCGGGCCAUCCGCCCGCACCCCCGCACAACCUGACGCUCCCACCCCGCGCGCGCGCAAGGCAGCGCGCGUCGUCGACGCGGACGACGACGAGCUUGCGCCCGCCGAGGAGGAGACGUACUUCUUCUCGGACGACGAUGAGGACGGUGGCCGCUUCUUUGGCGGUGGGCUCACUGCGGAGCAGACGCAGAUCCUCGACAUCAUGGAUGGCGGCGACGCCUCGUCCGGCGCUCCGCCGGCUGAUGUGCCUGCGCUGCGCAAGCAGCUGCUGCGCUUCGAGCGUGCCAUCACCAAGAACGCCGAGAUGCGCACCAAGUACGCUGCGGACCCGGCGCGGUUCAUCGAGUCGGAGGCGGAUGUGGACGCGGAGAUCAAGUCGCUGCUCGUGCUCACCACGCAGCCGGAGCGCUUCUACGCCGAGUUUGUGCAGCUCGGCGGCGCAGCGAGCCUGGUGGGGCUGCUGAGCCACGAGAACGCCGACAUUGCGGCUGCGGCCAUCGAGGUGAUCGAGGAGCUGACGGACGACGACGUGCUCGACCAGGCCGAGGCACGGUACGAGGGCGACGACGAUGAGCAAGACGCCGAGCAGGGCAGGGCGAGUGCGGUCGCGGCUAUGGACACACUCGUCGAUGCGCUGCUCAAGCAGAACGUGCUGGAGCUGGUGGUGUCGAAUCUGUCGCGCUUCAACGACCAGCUGGACCCGGCACUGGGGCCGGAGGAGGCAGCGGCCAAGGCAAUCGAGGUAGAGGGCGAUGCGCAGGCGAUCUACCAUGCACUGGGCGCGCUCGAGAACCUGGUCACGUCGCGUCCGGCGCUGGCGGAGCAGCUUGCAGCCAGUGCCUUUUUACCAUGGGCGCUCUCUCGGCUCGCGGCGAGGCGCGAGGUGGACCAGAACACGAGCUACACGGCUGAGCUGCUGGCGAUUCUGCUGCAGACGUCCGAGUCGAGCCGUGGGCGCAUUGGCAGCACGCGCGCGGGCGAUGCGGGCGAGAACGGCAUCGAUGUGCUGCUGGGUGUGCUGGCGCGCUAUCGGCGUCAGUCUCCGGCUGGAGCGGAAGAGGAGGAGUUCGCCGAGAACGUCAUCGACGUGCUGUGUCUGUCGAUGUCCGAGGCGGCGAAUCGGACGCUGCUGCUCGAGGGCGAGGGGGUGGAGCUGAUGGUGCUGCUGAUGAAGGAGAAGAAGUUCGCCCGCAUGCGUGCGCUCAAGAUCCUCGACUAUGCCACCUCUGGUCCUACAGGCCACGCUAUAUGCCACCGGCUUGUGGAGGCGUCGGGUCUGGCGCCACUGGUGUCUACGUUUCUGCAGUGUUCUGCAAGCGGUCGCAGUGGAUUGGAGAACGUCCAGCACGCGAUGGCGGUCAUCAGCUCAAUGCUGACGCAUCUGGAUUCCGACUCGCCGCCGCGCAUUCGACUGCUUGCGCGGUUCGUUGCGCACGACUACCAGGCUCUGGACCAUCUACUCGACCUGCGCAGCGCACUGGUCUCGCGGUUGCAAAAGUCCGACGACGAAUACCUGGAGCGACUAGACCAGGGUCUGUUUAGUCUGCAGCUACUCGACACCAUUCUCGCCUGGUUGGUCAUGGAAGACGAUGCUGUCAGAGACCACGUGGCUAUGCUUUUGCGCCGAAACGCAGCGUCGUGGCAAGACGUGGUGGCCACCCUGCAAGAAUACAGCGACAACAUCGGAGACCAACUCGCCAUUUCCCACCCCACCGAGGUCAAGACAAAGGACAUCCUAGCCGCUCUCAUCGAAUACCUUUGCGCACUCUAA